AUGGUUUUAUUGAAUGAUGAAGGGGAACCAUUAAGUUCUACAAAGCGUGUUAGAAGGGUCCAACGACAACCUUUCAUUAUUAAUGCUUGUGACACGUUAUCAUGUGUCAAACUAUUGCCAUUGUUCGCACAUUAUCUAUCAUCAAAUCCAUCCACAAAAUCACAAAAUGAAGGGAUUAUGUCUUGUAAUGGUAUUUUGGGAGUUAGUGGUGUCACUAUUAAAUUUUCUUAG